UCCGGCGUCGUCCGGCGUCUCGGCGCGCGCCGGUGCGGGCCUAGGUCACGUGCUGGGGGCAGCGGGAAGGCGGCGUUCUUGUUUCCUGGGCCCCUGUCCGCCAUGUUUUCAGGCCGGCUGAGCGUCGGUGUUUCCCCGUGAGGAAAUGGCCGGGGAGUUUCGGGGAGCCCAGGCGCCGGGGCCUCGGCGGAGCCCAGGCUGACCCGGAGCGGUUGUGCGCGGGGCGGGAGGCCAUGGCGUCCGGCAGUAACUGGUUGUCCGGCGUGAACGUCGUGCUGGUGAUGGCCUACGGGAGCCUGGUGUUCGUACUGCUGUUUAUUUUUGUGAAGAGGCAAAUCAUGCGCUUUGCAAUGAAAUCCCGAAGGGGACCUCAUGUCCCCGUGGGACACAACGCCCCCAAGUUACAAGAAGAAAAAUCUGCUGGGGCUCUGGCAGCCCUUUUAAGUGAGAGAGAUGGAUAUGGACUUAACAGUGGUUGCUUCGGGGACUUGAGAGAGGAGAUUGACAUUCGGCUGUCCAGGGUUCAAGACAUCAAGUAUGAACCUCAGCUCCUUGCAGACGGUGAUGCGAGACUGCUCCAGCUGGAAGCCCAGGGAAAUCAGAGCUGCUACAACUACCUGUACAGGAUGAAAGCCCUGGACGCCGUCCGCGCCUCUGAGAUCCCGUUUCAUGCUGAAGGCAGGCAUCCCCGUUCCUUAAUGGGCAAGAAUUUCCGCUCCUACCUGCUAGAUCUCCGGAACACUAGUACUCCUUUUAAGGGUGUGCGCAAGGCCCUCAUCGACACCCUGCUGGAUGGCUAUGAGACAGCCCGCUAUGGGACGGGGGUCUUUGGGCAGAGUGAGUACCUGCGCUACCAGGAGGCCCUGAGUGAGCUGGCCGCCGUGGUCAAAGCGCGAAGCGGGAGCUCUCAGAGACAGCACCAGUCAGCCGCCAAAGACCUAACCCAGUCUCCUGAAGUCUCCCCGACAACCAUCCAGGUGACCUACCUCCCUUCCAGUCAGAAGAGUAAACGUGCCAAGCACUUUCUUGAACUGAAGAGCUUUAAGGACAACUAUAACACACUGGAAAGUACUCUGUGACGGGCUGACGGACACUGCUCCUGCUACUGGUGGCCUCAGGUCAUCUGGCCAGCGGGCGCCGGUCAGCCGAAGUCCCACUUCGUCCAGAGCUCGUAGGGUUCACGCCUAGAGGAUCAUUCUCCAACCUGUUCUUACGGCCAGUUUCAGAGAAUUGGUUAGGACUUGAUUUUCCCUUGGUAGCACUUUUUUCUGGAGUUGAAUUCAGAUGUUUUAAUGUUUCCAUCAUGGCUUCCUCAAAAAUCCUCACUUGGUUUUGA